UUGCCUAUGGCUGCCCAAGAGGAGAGGAAGCAACAUUUAUUUAAGUCUUUGAACUCAUUUGCAAUCGCCCUUAUGUAUCACUGAAUUUGUUGACAGCCCAGAAAUAUCAACGAGCUUAUCACGCGUCUCGCCAGACAUUUGCGUCAAUCGGUUUUUCCAUUUUCACUGUUAUCACCGAGUUUUAAUCGACUGUAGUUAACGGGGCCGGAUUUAGUCUGAGAGUGGGACGAGACUGAACGAUAUUCUGUGCUCAGUGAGUCUGUGACAAUGUGAAUGGUGCGGUGGUGGAGAGUAACAGAGUGGCGUAACCGAACUGUGAUUAAUCGAUUAAAUAGUCAUUAAUUUGGGGGAAGGGAAUUUAUUCGGGGGAAAAUGAUUUUCAACGAUACUCUGCUGGUGCUGACGUACACCGCGGGGAUGAUGGCCACCCUGUCCAAUGAUACUAAGGACAGGGGUGGUGGAGCUGGGGGAAAACUCCAGAAUGUCACCACCACGACGAUGUCACCGGAGGAGGCAGCGAAUAAUUUUGAUUUGGAAGACGAGUGGCACCUGUGGCGAUGUUACCACCCCUACGGUUGCUUUUACAGCGGCGCCCCCUGGUCCGGGGAAAAUCGUCCAGUUUCCGCUUUCCCCGGUCGUCCUGACAGUGUCGACCCUCAUUACCUGCUCUACAAGAGAGGCAGCUCCUCACACCACGAGCUGCUGAUAGACAAUUUUAAAACCAUUAAAUCAUCCCCGUUGAACAACACCCUCACCACAUACAUCAUCAUUCACGGGUACCUUGACAACGGAGACAAAUCUUGGAUUUUGCGAGCGAAACAAGAGUUGCUCCUGCGGGAAGAAUGCAACGUGAUAGUGGUGAACUGGAUUGGUGGUGCUGGUCCACCCUAUCCCCAGGCAGUAGCUAACACCCGCCUGGUGGGUGCAAUGACGGCAAGACUAGCCUCACAGCUGAUAGAAGUGGGUGGAGUACAGCCACGACGUAUUCACGCCAUUGGCCACAGUCUGGGUGCCCAUACCUGCGGAUACCUGGGCUAUCAGCUUCGAUCGCAGUACGGCUAUCACCUCGGACGGAUAACAGGUCUCGACCCCGCUGAGCCCCACUUCAGCAACACUUCGCCGAUGGUCAGGCUCGAUCCGACCGAUGCCGACUUUGUGACUGCCAUUCACACUGACUCGAGUCCCUUCAUGACUGGGGGACUUGGGAUAAGUCAGCCAGUUGGACACAUUGAUUUCUAUCCUAAUGGGGGUAAAAAUCAGCCGGGGUGCAACAAUGGGGUGCUCAACUCCAUUACCAUUGAGAAGGGGAGUUUUGUUAAAGGAAUCAAGAGAUUCCUGGGGUGCAAUCACAUUCGCAGUUACGAUUACUUUAUCGAGAGCAUCAACACCGUCUGCCCAUUCCUGGCAGUCCCCUGCUCCUCAUGGAAUGACUUCCAGCAGGGGAGCUGCUUCGAUUGCGUCGGCCAAUACUGCCCCAGACUGGGCUUCGACGCCCAUCCAGGGAAUUAUCACGCAUCCGUGUACCUUAUGACAGCGUCGGAGAAGCCUUUCUGUCGGGGUCAUUACAAAGUGUCGAUAAACAUAUCAAAGACUGAUGAGAGUGUCCAGCACGGCGGAGAUGUCGGAAUUUUCGUCAUCAGGGUAAUCGGGGCUGGGGGCAAGAUGUCGGAGAGAAUUCCCCUGAGCGAAACAUCCCGGUACUAUGAACCUGGCUCAUCGCACACUCUAGUGCUACCGGGUGAUCUCGUGGGGAAGCCAAUGGCAGUGGAAAUCAUGUGGGAGUAUCAGACAUCCGUCUUUAAUCCUUUAACCUGGAGAUUUCUCGAAGUGCCGAAGGCUUUCAUCGAUUCUCUGAGGAUCGAUAGCCUCGAGUUUGCUGCAGGAAUCACAGUCUGUCCUGACGAAACAAAGGAACUGAUGGCAAACGACCCGAGAAUCCUGACAGUUGACAAUUGUCGUCACGCGGACGUAAACGUUGUGACGACGUGAAUAAAAAAAAUUUCCGUAUUGCAAUUAAAAUAAAAUUGGACAUAACAAUGAUAAA